AUGGGUCGUCAGCCUCGUCAGCGUCCUGUGUCUUGUAACUUCUGCCGUGUGCGCAAGUUGCGCUGCAGUAGAGAAUUUCCGUGUUCCAAUUGCACAAGCCGCGGAGUUCAAUGCCAGGCUCAAGACCCACCCCGGGCAACAGGCCCGUCUUCACGGCCGGUUUCCAAACGUGCAGGUGGAGGCGGAGGCGGAGGCGGAGGCGGAACAUCUUCUGAGGGCAAGGAGGCGGACAUUCUCUCGCGAUUGGAGAGGCUGGAAGCUCUUCUCGCAGAACGAAACAAAGAGACUGAAUUUCACUCUAACCCUCGAACAAUAUCAUCAGCCCCUUCGAGUGUGGAAGGCAGUGAUGUUGCUCCCCGGACACAGCUGGAGCCUCUACAACCUUUGCCAAUCAAUGUUCAGAACUUGACGGCUGACGCUCUUUGGCUCGAGAGUUCAUGCCUUGGCCCAAAGCCAUCGGAAUCCGUAUUGGUUGACAACAUUGUGUUCCGCAUAUGUCCUAUACGCUCGAUUGCACAGCCGUCAUGCUACAUCUUUCAAAACUCAAGUGUCCCCUCAGGUUUUCUCUCUUUGGAACCAACAAGGUGCAUAUGGUUGCCUCAACGACAUGAAACCAAGGUUUUGGUUCACAAGUACACCUCGGUCAUUACUUUUAUGCAUCAUGUUGUACACACUCCAAGCCUGUAUAAACUCGUCGAUGAGGUCUACGAUGCCGUUGAAAAGGGGACACAAGCUUCGCUGUGCUCAGUUCUCCUGAUGCUUGCAGUCUGCACCAACGUCACAUACGCAUGGACAGCAGUAGACAACAACAUGACGUCUCUCUUCUCUGAUUAUACAGAGGCAAACACCCAGUCGUUCGGAUGGCUCAAGUCAACCUUUGAUGUAUUCGAUGCAUCGCAGCGGAGGUCGGAGAUAGGUCUCGAGUUGGCUCAGGGCCUCAUCAUCGUGAGUUUCGUCCUGUUGAACCUGGAAGGAGUUUCCUCCCGAGCUCGAAACUGUUUUUUUAAUUCCAUCACCAUUUGCCGUGAGCUCGGACUGCACCGACUGGAUCACCCUCACAACCCGCCCUCGGUUCAAAUACCCCAGCUCAGUCCUCUCAAAAUGGAGACUGCUCGGCGAGUUUGGUGGUACCUCAUUGGUACAGAUGCCAUGAUAUCUCGAUUUCCAGGCCCACAUGAAGGCACCUAUCUGAUCAAUCCAAGGCAAAUGAAUGUCAGAAAACCUCUGAAUGCCGACGAUGAAGAUCUUGUAGAAGGACAAGAGUUGGUGGGAAAGCCAAUAAAUUGUGCCACCAGCAUGUCUUAUUUCUUACAGAGGGUACGGCUCGCUGAGGUCGUCCGCAACUUCACUGAUCGAGUACCUCUCACAAAUUCUUCAAACCCAGAUGUCCACUCAUACGACCUUGUUUUGGAGGUUGAUGCGGCCAUCGAGCAAUUUAUUGAAGAUCUGCCCCCGUUCCUCAAGUUUAAUACGGAUGACCUACAGCAACUCCCUCCUACAGAAACGCAUAAAAGGCCAGGACUGGUUAUUCAGCGUCAUGUCAUGAAUGUCUUUGUCCAUGGCCAAAGAUGCAAACUUCAUCUCCCGUAUCUAGCCCGUGGCGCAGUCGAGCCUACGUAUGCUCACUCCCGGCGCUUGUGUCUUGAUUCAGCACGCAUGGUCAUACAAACAGAACACCAACUCGAGAAGGAAGCUACAACUUUCAACUCGACACGGCUCAGGUUAUGUUUAGUCUUGCAUAGUGUAUUCAUCGCCAGCAUUGCUCUUAUUUUGGACUUCUGCCUAGGCACCGAUGCCGACGAGAAAGAACAAAGACGAGAAGACUUGUUGGAAGCAUGGGACAUAUUGGAGGCGGCCAAAGAACUUUCCAGACCCACGGCUCGCAUACAAGAUCUAUUGACACAGGUGAUGAAGAAACAUAAAGUGACGCUGCCAGUGGGCAAGGAGAGGCAGAGACCGGUGAGAUGUGAAAAUCUUCCACCUACACCAAGCUCGUCAACUGCCAUGUUGUCAAAUGAUACGACACCAAAUGAUGCCAUAGCAUCUGUCCAAGAGCUGAGCGACAUGGGAUUGAAUAUGGACUUGGAGGGAAUGGAUUGGGAGAAUUUGCUUUGGGGUUUAGAGGCUCCUUUAUUCUGA